AUGAUCGGGGGGGACUUCAACGCAGAGACGGAGGAGGCGCUGAGGGAAAGGGGCGCACAGAGGGCGACCCUGGCGGACAGGCUGUUCCAGCAGAUGCUGGGGGAUGGAGGCAGAGAGCUGCUGACCAUGGCGGACGAAGCCACCUACCGAGCAGGGACGCAGAUUGACAAUUGGGUGGUCACAUCUGGGCUCGCGUCAUGUAUGGGGCGCACGAGCACAAUGCCGGGGGUGUGCGGUGACGACCACAGGGCGGUGGCGGUGGAAUUCUUUGGAGGAGUGGGUGGUGUGGGAGGGCCUCGCGAGUUUCGGGAGCGGGGGGUGAGCACAUUCAUGGAUCGGGAGGUGGAGGAGAGAUUCACAAAUACGGUACAGGAGGUGUUCGAUGACGAGGUGGAGGCCGAUGCGGAGAAGGAGCUAAGCGCCUCAGAACGGCUCGAGAGGCUAAAGCGAGACCCGCUGUGUCCGAUCGUGCGGAAAGCCGCGCAGCAAUGGACCGAGGAAGAUGAGAACCCGCCUAGGGCGACAAUGGCGCACUUGCUUAGCGGCGCCUGCCUGGGGAAUAGGGAGCAGGCCAGAUGGUUCCUCAGAGUAGCGCGAGCGCAGACGGGGACGGCGAUCAGCAAAGUAGCCCAGGCGGCACCCGACUCCAAGGAUACACUGAAGACGCUGAGGAUAGCGCAUGUCGCUGCGCUGAAGGGCUCACGCUAUAGGGUGCUGGAUGAGGACGGGUACGAUGCACUAGCCCCAGCCGUCGGGGGGGUGUUGCCGGCGCUGGUAGAUGAUCUCUCGGAGAAGAGUCGGAGGGACCUUGGCGCCGGGGUUACGAGGAACUUGCAAGUCGUGGCCGAGGCGGCGACGGGAGCGGUGCAGAGGUGGAUCCAGCUCAACGAUGAGGCUACUGCGCGCAUAAUGAAGAGAGAGGAACACAUUGACGAUUGA